CUCGCUAUCACUCACCCAUUUCCAAUUUUCAUUUCAACCGUUAUGAGAAGCUUACUCGGAGGAGCUUCCCAACUCAUCUUCAAAUCAUCGUCACUGUUCGCGAACUCAACCACUCGCUCUCACUCUCAAACUCAGCGACUGAGCUUCCCUCUCUUCACAACCUCAAAAGCCUUUGUCUCUCUAAGACUAAGAACGUUCGCGAUCAUGGCCGGUGCGGACGAAUUCGUAAAAGGAAGCGUUAAUGCAAACGGCGUCGCAGUGAUCACACUCGAUCGCUCCAAGGCUCUCAACGCAAUGAACCUAGAUAUGGAUAUAAGAUAUAAAAAAUUUCUCAAUGAAUGGGAAUCGGACCCAAGGGUCAAAUGUGUUCUGGUUGAUAGUAGCUCAGCUCGUGCGUUUUGUGCAGGAAUGGAUAUUAAAGGGGUUGUCGCUGAGAUUCAAAAGGACAAAAAUGGUGAUGUGAAGCAGAUCACAACCAAAAACCAAGUAUCAGAUAUGAUUGAGGUAUUCACUGCUGAAUAUUCUCUAAUAUGCAAAAUUUCUGAGUAUAAGAAGCCAUAUAUAUGCUUCAUGGAUGGCAUAACAAUGGGCUUUGGAAUAGGCCUAUCUGGUCAUGGUCGUUACCGGAUCAUAACGGAGAGGACUGUUCUUGCUAUGCCAGAAAACGGAAUUGGCUUGUUCCCAGAUGUUGGUUUUUCAUAUAUAGCAGCACAAAGUCCAGGAGGAGGAUCAGUUGGUGCUUAUCUUGGAAUGACUGGAAAAAGGAUUUCUACACCCUCUGAUGCACUAUACGUGGGUCUUGGUACACAUUUUGUGCCAUCUGGGAGCUUGGUUUCCUUGAAGGAGGCCCUUUUGGGAAUUACAUUUUCAGAUGAUCCACAUCAAGACAUCAAAGCACUUUUGGCAAGAUUCAGUGGUAACCCUGAGUCUGAGUCCCAAUUAAAAUUGCUCUUACCUCAUAUAGUUUCAUCCUUCGGUGCAAAUAAAUCAGUUAAAGAGACAAUUGAGGAACUGAAAAAGCAUCAGCUGAGUGGUGAAGCAGCUGUGGUAGAGUGGGCUAAUGAAGCCCUUCAAGGUCUUGGAAAAGGUGCUCCUUUUUCGCUUUGCUUAACACAAAAUUAUUUCUCUAAAGUUGCCUCUGCACAUGGAAAAACUGGCAACGAAUUGUCCACACUAAGCAGUGUGAUGAAAACCGAAUAUCGCAUUGCCAUAAGGUCUUCUUUACGAAAUGAUUUUGCUGAAGGUGUUCGGGCAGUUUUGGUGGACAAGGAUCAGAACCCAAAGUGGAAUCCUGGAAGUUUGGAGGAAGUAAAUCACAGUGAAGUGGAAACUCUCUUUGAACCAUUGAGCCCAGAAGUUGAGGAGUUGAGAGUGUGACUGAUGCAUUAUGACUUUCGUAGUUAUUUCCUUUUUUAUUUGGGCUACAUAAGGUGGGCUUUGCCCCCAGUGGGUUUUGAAUGCAAGGGGUGAGCCGGACUUGCCAAUCGACCUUGAGGUCAUUGACAAUCUCCAUAGUAUUUCCUUAUUGUUUCAGUAAGAUAGAUUGUGGAUACUAUUGAAAUCUCCUGUAAGCUGCAAAAAAUAAGUUGAUUUUACGUAUGCAAAAGCUAUCCAACUUUGUGUAUGGUAUUCUUCAUGAUGUUGGUGACUGAUGAUGGAAUUUGUGAUGUUGGAAAAUAUUUUGGGCCCCCAGAGUUCAUAUAUGUUACAUUAGGCCUUGCAAGUGAC